GGUGACUCGGACUGACCCGGAAGCGAAACGCAGGGAACUUCCGUUCUUUGUUCUGUCCCCGGUGUGUGGCUCUGUGACAGGGUCCAGCGGGGCCUGGUCGGUGUCCAGCCCCCCAAAUCUCCCGUCCCUGCCCCCAGGUCAUACAGCACUGGCAUCAAUUAAGUCACAGUUCCCAGGGACUUGAACAGAGGCUGCCAAGGUCCCAGUAAUUGCCACUCUGGCCUUCCAGAGACUAAUUCCAAAGAAGGAAGGAACAGAUCCAGCAGAACCUGCUUCCUGCUGACUCUGCACAUAGGAGACCAGAAAUCCGAGCUUCUAGCCCUACCCAUGGAAACUCAGGCGGAUCGUGUAUCUCAGGAACCUCAGGCCCUGCUGGAGAGUGCUCUUCCUUCCUCAAAAGUUCCCGCGUUUUCUGACAAGGACAGCCUGGGGGAUGAGAUGUUGGCAGCCGCGCUCCUUAAGGCCAAGGCCCAGGAGUUGGUGACCUUUGAGGAUGUGGCUGUGUACUUCAUCCGGAAGGAGUGGAAGCGUCUGGAGCCAGCUCAGAGGGACCUCUACAGGGAUGUGAUGCUGGAGAAUUACGGGAACGUGUUCUCGCUGGAUGGUGAAACCAGAACUGAGCAUGAUCCAGAAAUCUCUGAAGAUUCAGGACCACACGGGGUGCUAUUGGGAAGAUUCCAAAAGGAUAUUUCUCAGGGUCUUAAGUUUGAAGAAGCCUAUGAACAAGAAGUCCGUCUGAAGAGGCAGCUGGGGAGCUCCUCUGGAGAGAGACUGAAUAGGAAGAUACAGGAUUUUGGUCAAGUGACCGUUGAGGAAAAGCGGACUCCCGUGGGAGGGAGAAGUGAGAAAUGCAGUGACUUGGGGAGCAGCUUCACUGUGAGUCCCACUCUUGUUUCCCAUCAGAGACUUCCUGGGGGAGACAGACCCCAUAAGUGUGAUGAAUGUAGCAAGAGCUUUAAUCGAACUUCGGACUUAAUUCAGCAUCAGAGAAUCCACACCGGGGAGAAGCCCUACGAAUGCAGUGAGUGUGGGAAGGCCUUCAGCCAGAGCUCGCAUCUUAUUCAGCAUCAGAGAAUCCACACUGGAGAGAAGCCCUACGAGUGUAAUGACUGUGGGAAGACCUUCAGCUGCAGCUCCGCUCUCAUCCUCCAUCGGAGGAUCCACACCGGGGAGAAACCCUAUGAAUGUAACGAGUGUGGGAAAACCUUCAGCUGGAGCUCCACCCUUACUCAUCACCAGAGAAUCCACACUGGAGAGAAACCGUAUGCUUGUAAUGAAUGUGGGAAGGCCUUCAGCAGGAGCUCCACCCUCAUUCAUCACCAGAGGAUCCACACUGGAGAGAAGCCCUAUGAAUGUAACGAGUGUGGGAAGGCCUUCAGCCAGAGCUCACACCUCUAUCAGCACCAGAGGAUCCACACUGGAGAGAAGCCCUAUGAAUGUAUGGAAUGCGGAGGGAAGUUUACCUAUAGUUCAGGCCUUAUUCAGCAUCAAAGAAUCCACACAGGGGAGAACCCCUAUGAAUGUAGCGAGUGUGGGAAAGCCUUUAGGUACAGCUCAGCUCUUGUUCGCCACCAGCGAAUUCACACUGGAGAGAAGCCUUUGAAUGUAAUGGGAGUGAGCAAAAGUUCACUCAGAGUUACUGCUGAAUUAAAUAUCGGCGAGUCUACCUGAAAGAGAGCCACACAUCUAUCUUCCUCACUUCCUCUGAGUCUCAAGAGCUCCUGCCUUACCAUAAUAGGACGGACAACUUCAGGCGUGUCCCUUCCGACUCAGACCUUUGACCUUAGAGAAUGGGGCAGAUUGGGCAGAUCAUCCUGGUGCAGUGAUUAGUAACCUAGUCAGUUUCCCCAGCAAUGACACCAGCCUUGAGAGAUUAGGAUGCAGGCGGCGGAUUAACUGCCGGGAGUAGUGGGGAGCUCGGGGACCAGUCUCCUUCCGCUUUGGAAGGGAGUUUGCACUAGACCAUUUUUUCUCACACCAGAGGAGCCUUUCUUUCCAAGGUGGAGAUGGAAGCACAGUAGGAAUAAAAUUCCAAGGAUUCCUCUAGUUGGAGUCAGUAUAGUCAGCACAGAAGAAAGUGGAAAGAAUGUUCUGGGUCAUGUUUUUGCUAGGAAGGGGAAAUGGAAGCUGCAUUUCAAAGCCACUGCUUCCAAUCCAGCUAUAAAGUUUGAUAAGGAAUGUGCUAUUUUGUUUCAUGACUCCACUAAUUAUGGAUAUUGGCUGCCGAGGCAUUUGUUAUUUUGUUGGGCGUGGGGAAAGACCCUAAGAGAGGUUUUUUUGGUGACUGUACCCUUCAGGGCUCUUGGAGCAGCGAGACCAAGUUUCCAAGAGCAGUCCGACGAGUUGGGUGAACUCACUCUUUCCUGAUUUGAUAGGACUAAUUGGGAAAUCCAGCUGAUCAGUGAGUCCGACAUGGGGGAAAGGAUCAAAAGCUUUCAGCACUGGCCUCUGGUUCCUUUGUCCUCUUUCCUUCUCCCUCCUCUGACUCCUGUGAUGGAAGGUGAUUUCAUCUAAAGCCCUAGUUACUAAGGAUGCUGUUACAGAGCUCGCACAGCCAGCUUGCCCUGCCCUCUGAUACUGUAACCUAUGGCAUCUGCCCCGCAGCCAGACCUCUCUUGACCCCACCUCUGACUUCGGCAGCCAAGUAUGAAUGCAGAGAGCAGAGCCCAGAGGAGGAAGCUCAGGGCUCCUUGCUGGGCUGAGAUGGAGCACCCCGAGUUUUUCCAUCUGAAGAGAUGACCUCUCAUGACAUAUUCCCAACCAUGCUCAUCCUGUAGCAUCCAUGAAGUACACUAUUAAACAGAAUAGUUUUCCAGAA